AUAGCAGGUUGACAUCUUAAAGUUAAUCGAGGUCGCGUGGACUGAGUAACAACUGAAGGAUGUGACAUAAUUUUAGAGGCGGUCCUUCAUUGAUUUAUGCACCAACAAACCGGUUUCAAAAUACAGCAUACACCCCGACCGUGACAUGUCCUCUCAACAAGAUCAAAAGUUGCUCAAAGAGGCUGAGCUGAGUCUGCUUCUCUACCUCCAUCCUCCUGCUGUAACCGUGCUGUCUCUUCUUUGGUUUGGGGUGCGCUGACCUUCAGAGAUCUGCACAGACAAAUGGCGCAUCAUUACCACCCAAUAUCCGGGACUAUCUACAGGGAGACCGCCCCCAUGCCAGAGGACACACCAAAGGUCAAAGGGUAUGACUUCAACCAGGGAGUGGACUACUGCGCGCUGCUGAAGACUUACUGCAACACCGGCUUGCAGGCCACUAAUGUCGGCUUGGCUAUCAAGGAGAUCAACAGCAUGAUCCAGAGGCGUCAGCAGCCGCUGAAGGUUGUAAACGGAAGUGCUGAGGAAGCUGAGAGCCAUCAGCAAGCUGUGGAGGUGGUGAGUGGAAGUGUUGAGGAAGAUCACUCAACCUGCCCCUGCCAGAUGAGCUGCACCAUCUUCCUGAGCUACACCUCAAACCUCAUCAGCAGUGGAAUCAGAGAGACUAUCCGUUACCUCACUGAACACAAAAUGGUGGAUGUGUUAGUGACCUCAGCUGGAGGUAUAGAGGAGGAUCUGAUCAAGUGUUUAGGCCCGGUUUACCUCGGAGCCUUUACUCUGAAUGGAAAGGAUCUGUAUAACAAAGGUCAUAACAGGAAUGGAAACACUCUGAUGGUGGAAGAAAACUAUGUUAGAUUUGACAGCUGGAUGAUGCCGAUCUUGAAGCAGAUGCUGCUGGAGCAGAAAACACAGGGCACCAACUGGACUCCGUCUAAGGUGAUCCAUCGACUGGGAAAGGAGAUCGACAACCCUGAAUCUGUUUAUUACUGGGCCUAUAAGAAUAACAUCCCGGUGUUCUGCCCUGCACUGACAGACGGAGCGAUAGGAGACAUGUUCUACCUCUUCUCGGAGAACAACCCCGGCUUAAGAAUUGACAUAGUUGAAGGUACAGGAGUCUUCAUCAGUUGUAACUGAAUUUGUCCCUGUGGUGUACUCGGCUGAGGAUGAUGUCCAGUGUGACAAGGUGUCUGCUAACAAACAGCUUGGAGUUGUAUGCUGCUAACAUACUUGCUGGCAAGAUCAUUAGGCAGGUUUCAUUGGUGUGUGUGAGAGAGGGUUUUGUGUGUGUGAGAGAGA